AUGAGCAAAGCUCACCCCCCAGAGCUGAAAAAAUUUAUGGACAAGAAAUUAUUGAACUUGAAUGGUGGCAGACAUGCCCAAGGAAUACUUCGAGGCUUUGAACCCUUUAUGAAUCUUGUGAUAAAUGAAUGCGUGGAGAUGGCAACAAGUGGGGAACAGAACAAUAUUGGAAUGGUGGUAAUACGAGGAAAUAGUAUCAUCAUGUUAGUAGCCUUGGAACGAGUAUGA